UGUCAGCCUCGUCUUGUAAAUCCCAACCAUCUGGUUUUAGAGAGAGAGCGCUUCUCGUUCUUCUCGUGUUUUUAAAGCAAACAGGGAACCAACCACUGAGUGAUACAUUGGUUUGAUACAAUCAUACAAACACUCUCACAGAAUAUCUGAAUUGCAGAGAGAGAGAGAGAGAGAGAGGAAGUGGAUCUAGAUCUUGUGGGAAGAAGCCAUGGCGAGAGGACCUCUCGCUUUUCAGCUAUGGAUCUCUGUGUGUCUUUUGCUCUUCUUUCAUGGUCGCUGCUUCUACCUCCCGGGUGUCGCCCCUCAAGAUUUUCAGCAGGGAAAUAUCUUGAAUGUGAAGGUGAACAAACUGACCUCUACAAAAACUCAACUUCCUUACUCAUACUAUUCCCUCCCAUACUGUACUCCGGAGCAUAUAGUAGACAGUGCAGAAAAUCUUGGGGAAGUUCUUCGUGGUGAUCGCAUUGAAAACUCUCGUUACGAGUUCAAAAUGAGAGAACCAAAGAUGUGCAGUGUUGUAUGUCGUGUAGUUCUUAAUGCAAAAACUGCAAAGGAGUUUAAGGAAAAGAUAGAUGAUGAGUAUCGGGUGAACAUGAUUCUGGAUAAUCUUCCUCUGGUUGUUCCUAUACCACGGCUUGAUCGGGAAAAUGCCUUGGUGUAUCAACAUGGAUUUCAUGUUGGUCUUAGAGGACAAUAUGCUGGGAACAAGGAUGAAAAGCAUUUUAUCAACAAUCACUUAACAUUUACAGUCAAGUAUCACAAGGAUCCAAUGACAGAAUCUGCCAGGAUUGUCGGAUUUGAGGUGAAACCAUUCAGUGUUAAGCAUGAAUAUGAAGGUGAGUGGACUAACAAGACACGUUUAACAACAUGUGAUCCCCAUGCGAAGCGAACAGUUAGCAGCUCCGAAUCUCCUCAGGAGGUUGAAGAUAAAAAGGAAAUUAUAUUCACAUAUGAUGUUGAGUUCCAGGAGAGUGAUGUGAAGUGGGCAUCCCGAUGGGACACAUAUCUUCUGAUGGCUGAUGAUCAAAUCCACUGGUUCUCAAUUGUUAAUUCUUUGAUGAUUGUUCUUUUCCUUUCCGGCAUGGUUGCUAUGAUAAUGUUGCGGACACUUUACCGGGAUAUCUCCAAAUACAACCAACUAGAGACCCAAGAAGAAGCCCAAGAAGAGACAGGAUGGAAACUGGUUCAUGGGGAUGUAUUCAGACCUCCAGCAAACUCAGAUCUACUGUGUGUGUAUGUUGGGACGGGUGUGCAGUUCUUUGGGAUGAUUCUCGUCACCAUGCUCUUUGCAGUCCUUGGAUUCCUCUCCCCCUCAAACCGAGGUGGGCUGAUGACCGCCAUGCUCCUCCUCUGGGUCUUUAUGGGCCUCUUUGCUGGAUACUCUGCAGCCCGUCUAUACAAGAUGUUUAAGGGAACAGAAUGGAAGAAAAUCACUCUGAAAACAGCUUUCAUGUUUCCUGCAACUCUCUUUGUUAUUUUCUUCGUCUUGAAUGCUCUUAUCUGGGGCGAGAAGUCCUCUGGGGCAGUUCCAUUUGGAACCAUGUUUGCUCUGGUAUUCUUAUGGUUUGGCAUUUCAGUUCCACUUAUCUUCGUUGGUGCAUAUGUGGGUUUUAGGAAGCCGUCAAUUGAGGAUCCUGUGAAAACCAACAAGAUCCCUAGGCAAGUCCCGGAACAGGCAUGGUACAUGCAUCCAGCCUUCUCUAUCCUAAUUGGAGGCAUACUCCCGUUUGGGGCCGUCUUUAUCGAGCUCUUCUUCAUCCUUACAUCGAUAUGGUUGCAUCAGUUUUAUUACAUAUUUGGAUUCCUUUUCAUCGUCUUCAUUAUCCUCAUCAUCACAUGUGCCGAGAUCACAAUUGUUCUCUGCUACUUCCAGUUGUGCAGUGAAGACUACCUUUGGUGGUGGAGGUCGUAUUUGACCUCGGGCUCCUCAGCGCUCUACCUUUUCCUCUACGCUGCCUUCUACUUCUUCACUAAGCUUGACAUUAAGAAGCCAGUUUCUGGAGCCUUGUAUUUCGGGUAUAUGCUGAUUGCCUCUUAUUCCUUCUUCGUGCUGACUGGUACAAUCGGUUUCUACGCAUGCUUCUGGUUUACUAGGCUCAUCUACUCGUCAGUGAAGAUUGACUGAUUCAUAGUCCCAAUCUGAAGGAAAUGAUUCUCUUGUUUUUCCGCGAUGAUGAUGUCCUCGUGGAGCUACCAACUGGGUUCGAUUUUGAAUCUCAAGGUCGUAGAAAUUCUUGUUCCUAGCCUUUCUCUAUACAGGUCAUUUUUUAAGCUGCUCUUUUUGUUUAUUUGUUCUUCUACCAUCGUGUUCUUUCCGUUCCAUACGAUAACACUCGAGAAAAUUGUAAGCAAUCUCCGUGCCGUCGUCGACGGCGCAUCGCUGAUUGCAGGAAUGAAAAGGGAAUUCCUGUAUGUAAAAUUGCUACUGCUGCUUUUUAUUAUGUUUUCUUGCCAAACACAUCUCUGGAAAUAAUAUAGCUUAACGUCU